GACAAGGGUCUGCAGACCGAGCUCACCGCACCACCUCAAGGUCACCACCAUCAACCACCACCACCAACCGAGCAUCACCGUCCGUCUCUGCUCGCCUCUCUCUCUCUCCCCAAGCCAUGGAGUACAAAGGCUUGGCCAGCUGCUCGCUCUGCUGCUUCACAUUCAGGACACCACGGACGGCGGCUGUGGGCUGCACCGCAGCACGGCCCCUGACGCUGCUGGCUCCUCUGCUGCUGAUGCUGCUGCUGGGGGCAGGCAACUCGCGCCCCGUGCGCGCCUCCGAGACGCUGUGCGGCUCCGAGCUUGUCGAUGCCCUCCAGUUCGUGUGCGGGGACCGCGGAUUCUACUUCGUACGGCACCCAUCUUCACGCUCGCACGGCCGACCCAAGAAGGGCAUCGUGGAGGAAUGCUGCUUCAGCAAAUGUGACCUGCGCCUUCUCGAGAUGUACUGCGCCAAGCCCGCCAAGUCUGAGCGGGACGUCCGUCCACCAUCAUUCAAGGAUUUAUUCAAGAAGUCGAUGACGAACAAGUACUCGAACCACGCGGCGUGGCCCGAGAAGAGCCACGAGCACGGCAAGGUGCUCCCGCGCUCCCUGCCGGCGCCGAGCGAGCUGCGUGCCCUGCGGGAGGCGAAACGCAACCGGCAGCUCGUCACCACGCAGCGGCCGCUGGUGCCGCGCCAGGCCAGACCGGCACGUGCGCGGUAGACGGAGGGCGGCGGGCGGCGGCGGUCGGCGGCGUUGGGGGGAGCCGUCCCAGGAGGGCCUUCGUCCACGGGGAAGGGCGACGACGACGAUAACAGCCGUACUCUGUCCGGGCCAAGAUGCGACUUGCCACUAAGGACUCAACGAUUGGAAACUUGAAAACGGCUCGAGGUGGGGGAGGGGUGGGGGGGCCGUUUGGCCUGAGAGUGGGAACGAGGACAGACUCCAGCACAGGCGUGCAAAUGGUGCAUCUCAUGUUGUGAGAGGGGCUGAGGGCAUGUCUCAUCUGUGAAAUUUGACAUUGCUGUUAAAAAAAAGGGAAUGACUUGAUAAAAGGCCUCUAGGUCUUUUAACUCUGCACUAAGCAGCACUGUCAAAAAACAAAUUAUUACGUUCAAUAGAUGUGUGUUUAAAUGCUUUUUGCAUUAUUAUUUAAUUGUGCUUUGCGUACUUGCACUAUUAACAGACACUUAGAUCAAAUAUACCUUUAGCAUUGCUAUAACAUCACUGGCAGACUGCUCCAUCGAAUUAUUACAAGCUUCUGCUAAUUUGCGUCCUUCCAUUCGUUUUUUUUCCCUUUCUACCUUAUACAGUAUAUAAGAAAGAAAAUGUAUUUUCUGUAAGUGUAAAACGACACUAUGCUAUGAAUUUGUAAUGAACGCUGCGUCGUAUUGAACAUGGUGCUACUUUUGCUUGAACCGUGGAGCGUGAGGAAACAACCACAGACAGCAGCAAGCAGCACGGGGAGGCCCGGUUGGCACGCGUCGUCACUCACGGUCACUGCAACCUCGGGCCGUACGCGUGCGCGCAGUGGCAACCCCUGAACAUUUUUACCUUCUCGUUUGUGUUUCCCCCCCCCCGCCCCCUCUCGCAAAAGCGACGACGUGCAGAGUUUUUCGAACAAAAUGCGCGCGAGCGGCGGUCACGAACGAAUCGACUUGGUUAGCUCGCGGCCCGCGAAGGCGCUCACCGCAGAGCGCCGAGGUCUUGGGACACUUUGGUUUAACGCCGUUGUGUGCACUAGAUCGACGGACGCGCGUUUAAUUUCUCGUUGCACAUCACUUCCGAUUGUUUCGUCAUUCUUCGCUGACAAAGUGGGACGUCGUGCACUCAGGAUAAACGCUCGAAUUCACCUUUGACCCCUCAGUGCGUCAUUGAAUGGACUGGCAACACCUUAAUACAUAGAGGACCGCAGAGUUUGGGCAAUCAUUGGUAGCGCUGGAUCGCCACAUGGGUGCCUUCCCGCUCGUCUGUGGUUCCCCUUUGCGCCUCUGAGUCGUCCUCCCUCUCUCUCCUUCGAGAGCGAGCGAAUGCUGUGUGGUACGUUACAAGUCAAAAUUAUAUAUUACUAUUAUUAUAAUAAUAAACAAUGUAUUUUGUAGAACUAUUGGACAGUGCCAUCUAUCGUGAUGCAGGGCAGAAUGUACUGCAGGUACUGGUCUGCUGUCUGUGACACAGCAGGGUAGAUACUGACCCAACACUUGCCCACCGAGUGGGCAAGAAAAACUAUUAUAAUUAAAGUGGUUUCCGAUCAAACAAGCAUGGUUCAGUGCCCAUCUCCUGUUUACACCUCUGAGCCAGUGGUGGAAAUUCCACAUUCUUAUUAUUUUAUCCGUGGGAAAACCACCGUUGUCCACCAAAGUAGGGCAGUACUGUCACAUUUCUGCAAUUCUAUAUUUUUUCUUCUUUGAAAAAAUCGUGGGGGGAAACAUAUUUUUUUAAGAUGCACGUUUUGACAGUUUUCUGUCGGGAUGAAAAUGUUUUAAGCAUGUUUGUGUUUUUAGCUGUUGCAUUUCAACGUUAUAAAUGCACUUGCUAAACAAUUAAAAGGUAGCGUUGACAUUGUUUCGGGUAAAAAUGUACUUUUAACCGACACUACAUUUUUCCUACGGCGAGUUUCGCCAAUAUAUACACCAAAAAUUGUCUACAUGAACCUUAUAACAAACAUUCGGUUGUGUAAAAUAUCCCCCCAAAAAUGUGCACCGUCUAAGGGAGCACGUGAUGUCCCAUUUUGCAAGCGUACUUUGCUUCGCUGUCUUGAGUACUUGACUACACACGCGAGAGGGGUUCGCGCGGCUGAGAUUGAUACAAGCAAACGAGGCCUGCCUCAUGCCAUUUGUAUCUGAUUAGGGCACUAUUUAUUUCAUAAUUUGUUAUUUCGUGAUCACGUGUCGACAGUAACAUCAUUCGACACUGACGUGAGCUGCAUUACAAUGUGGUACAAAAAGCAAAAAAAAAAUGUUAAUUUCGCAUCGUGUUUUUUUUUCCUUUCCGUCAUUGCUAUUUUUUUUUAUAUCCAAAGACGUUAACACGAUCGCGUGCUCAUUGCUGAAUGGGUAACUGUGUUGUAAAUAUGAAUGUGAUAUGGUAUUAUACAAAAAGGCUAGAAAAUAUUUGCCUUUGUGCACCUUUGUAGAUUUAUGACUUUUACUUAACUUUUUUUUUGGGGGGGGGGGGGGUUUCUAGAUUUGUUUUAAUGAUACAAUGACAUGCAUUGUUUUAUUAUUGGCCAUGUCCAACACAAUUGCUGCAAUGCUAACCAGCAAAGUAUUUAAUCGAAAAAACACUGUUCAGCUGAGAACAACAGUUUUGGGGUUGUUUAAAACUUAAUUAGGCAUGAAUGUGCGGUUGGACAUUCACAUUACAAUAAUUGUAUUCCAGUUAGAAACAACAAUCCUCCUGAGAACACGAACUUUGCUCCUGUCAUUAAAUUACAAAGUUCUGAAAUAUUCAAAUAUGUACCGGAUUAUAAAUCGUGCCGUACAAUUUAAACCACAGAACAUGCGAAAUCAAGCCAUCUUGAACUCAGUGUUUUGAUCGGAAACAUUAUAAUCCCAUUGCCACUAAUUGGGGCUUGCUGUAUAUUUUGAGUUUCCAUGUUCUCCCCGUGGUCGCGUGGAUUUUCUCAGAGUGUACUGGUUUAUCCCUCCACAUUUAGAAUCAAAGGUGCAUUUAGAGUAUUUGGCUGCUGGACACUGCCGCGCGAUAAGCAACUUCGUUGGGCUAUCACUUAUGACAGCCAGGUCCGCUUCUGAAAAAUACCUUUUUAGCUCAGUGGACCCUACCUGGUAAAAUGUAAAACAGUUUUUUAGUUGAAAACAACAAGAAGAGCCAUAAUCUCUCUCGUGGCCGUGCCUUACACGCACGAUGCGCUCCCAUCCCCUGGGCGUACCAUCUCGUCUCACGUAGGGCCAAUUCCAUGCCAUUUCCGCGUAGGUUAUUGUUGUAAUUUGGCUAAAACGCAUUCACAUUUUAACUUAAUCACCUCUUCCUUGAAUGCAUGAAUGCAUGUAAAAUGCAUUGUCAAUGUAUAUUUAAUGACAGAAGCAGAGAUUGUCUUUUAGCUGGCAUCCCAAGGAAUUGUUGUAAUAUUAAUGCUUCCAACUGCAGUCAAGCGGGGUUUUUUGUUGUUGCAAUGUUACAUAGUUCUGGCUGCAAACCUACUUGCCGAACAUUUUAUUAAUCAACUGCAAUAAUAAUAAGAAGAACAACAGCGUUCAUACGAUAUUCCCUUUAUCUUAAGUACCGUUUAAAUGUGUAGUGUUUUGCUGUCAGUAAAAGUGCGUAACAAAACAAAAAUGUGUCCUUUGCAGCACAUCGUAACCUGACCACUGCAAGAUCCAGUUUAUGUUCAGGGGAAUAUGUACCUGAAAGGAGGCAAGCGAAACCUCUGUGAGGGCGUGCUGCUUGCCAAGACGUUCACUAAAAAAACCCACGUGUCGAGCUUCCACAGCAAUGCUGAACUGUGCGUGCAGUAAGCAACUUACAAUUUGCUACGACAGCAAAAAAAAAAACGGUGACCCAGACAGAUCCGUCGUGGACCGAAGCAGGCUCGCGCGAGGACUGCCAUGUGUGUGAUGUAUCUUGUCUUUCGUGUACCGGACACUGUAAUCAAUAAACCACCGAUUAAUCUUC